UUAAUCUCAGCCUGGAUGAUUGAGUCUCUGCUCAAAACGCAUGCAACUUCCGCCGGCUUCAAACAAACAAAACAGAAACACGCUGUAGUUGAGCAUUUAUUACGUUACUGUGUUAUUAAUUGGAACGAACAUACCUUAUUAGAAUAUCAUUGUCCAAUAUUGUUUGGAAUCUCUACUAUCAACAUGUCUGAGAACCCUAAAGUAUUUUUCGACAUAGCAAUCGGAGGAGAGAGUGUGGGAAGAAUUCUAUUUGAACUGUUCAAAGACAAGGUACCCAAGACAACUGAGAAUUUCCGAGCCUUAUGUACUGGUGAAAAAGGAAAUGGAAAAUCAGAAAAACCACUUCAUUUUAAAAACUGUCCUUUCCAUAGAAUCAUAAAGAGUUUUAUGAUACAAGGUGGAGAUUUUACAGCUGAAAAUGGAACUGGUGGUGAAAGUAUUUAUGGAGAAAAAUUUGAUGAUGAAAAUUUAGAACUCAAACAUGACAGACCUGGAUUACUUAGUAUGGCCAAUUCAGGUCCAAAUACAAAUGGUUCACAGUUUUUUAUAACAACAGUUGAAACACCACAUCUAGAUGGUAAACAUGUGGUAUUUGGUAAAGUUUUAAAGGGUAUGAGUGUAGUAAGACAAUUAGAAAACCAGGAAACAGGUGAAAAUGACAAACCAGUAAAGGACUGUGUAAUAAGUGAUUGUGGUGAAAUUUUACCAGGUGAGUCAGAUGGUAUUAAUCUAGAUGAUGGUACUGGUGAUAUGUAUCCUGACUGGCCCGAAGAUGCUGAAGUAGAUUUUAAAAACAAAGAAGAGAAAGAAAAAAUAUUUCAAAUAGUAGAUGCUAUAAAAGGAAUAGGAACUGAACAGGUUAAAAAACAGAAUUAUGAGCUAGCAAAGAAAAAAUAUGAUAAAGCAUUAAAAUAUAUACACACUAUUAUGGAUCAGAUGAAUUUAUCAGAAGAAGAAGAAAAUGAGAUGGGAAGAAGCCAUGUCUUGUCUUUAUUAUUAAAUCUAGCUUUAUGUUGUUUGAAGUUGAAAAAAUACGACGAAGCCAAUGAAAAUUGUCUUGAGGCUUUAGAAAUCGAUGCUACUAAUGCUAAAGCAUUAUUUAGAAGAGCUCAGGCUUGUAGUGCUAUACAGAACUGGGAUGAAGCCAUUAUUCAUUUAAAUGCUGCUUUAAAGUCUGAACCUAAUGAUGCAGGUAUCAAAAAAGAAAUACAUAGAGUCCAUGCAGAAAAGAAGGCAUACAAAGAAAACCAGAAGAAAAUGUAUUCGAAAAUGUUUGCAUAACAUUGUACUUGGAUGAUUUUAUUGUCAAUUUACAAUCUCAUUUUAGAACAAAUACUAUUAUGUGUUAAGUGUUGAAAAGGAUGAUAUAUUUUGACUAUUAUUAUAUGUUGUUUAUAUAUAAGAUCUCAAUCUCAAGGUUCACAUUAUCACCAUCUUUACCUCUCAUCAUAUCUGAAUACUCUAAUUCCCCGGUUGUACGUGACAAGGAGUAGGGUCACCUGUCCAAUCUCGUGGUAUUUCUCAGGAUCCUUCGGUUUCCUCCCACUUCUAAAGACCCAUACGUGCAAGCAAAUUAUUGAAAUAAAAUUGAACAAUAUGUUAUUCCCAAAAUGACCUAGUUUGUGUCAAGUGGACUGUGGACGUUAAACCCCACCCAACCUCUCUCGGAAUACUCUAAACUAAAAUCUUGAAAAGUAGCGUACGUCCAUCCUGCUUUCGAUGGAGAGAGAGAAAUGGGGUUUAAGAUCCACUCGACACUUCGGGACUAACAUAUGGUUUAAUUUUAUUUCAACAAUUCGCUUGCACGUAGGGGUCUUAAGCAGUGGGAGGAAACCAGCGGACCCGGGAAAAAACCAUGAGGUUGGACCCUACUCCUUGUCACGUACAACUGUGGAAUCGAAACCACGCCAGUUGACUCAGUGACAGACCUUAUGAUACAGCGCACACGUACUAACCAUUCGGCCAUCCAAGCCCUUGCUUUAGAUGGAUUAUGUAAGAGCUAAAUCUGCAUAUUGCAGGCCCCAAGUUCACAAAGCAUUCUCAGACUUGCGUACAGAAUUUACUCAGAAUUGUUCGCCUUAUUUUAACUAAAGUAUAGCCCUUUAUAAAACUUUUGUUGUUUUAAUGUAUCAAAUACAUCAAUAAGUUUUGUGUUUCUGGAUCAAAGAUAUUUCUCAUAAACAAUGAUUGAAAGUUGUGUAAAUUCUUAACUUAAGUCUGAGAAUGCUUUGUGAACUUGGCCAGGUUUUUUAUUUUGGUGUCAAAUGUUAUAUAUAUUAUUAUUUAUACAUGACAAGCCUAUAAUCAACUCUCUAGACCAUCGCAUGACUGAGAUUUAAUUGGAUUAGAAAACCUAAGAAAUUAAAAACAUUUAUGACAAAUGGAUAAUUGAAUCCAACACUCAUAACUUAGUGAUUUGAGGGAAUUUUUCAUUAUCUAUUUUUGAACUGUUAUAGCAAGAACCCACAUCUCUUUAUCUAAAUCUUACAUAAUGCAUCUUUAAUUGUAGCCCAAAAUGGAUUCUGAUUGGUCGAAAUCACUAUUGAUAGUAUUUCUUGGUUUACUGGAUCUUUCAUGAGACAUUGAUUUUACUGGUUCACAUUCCUUAAAGUUAAAAUUUCAUAUUUUCUAAGAAAGUCAAAACAUAAUUAUUUCUAUGUCUUUUGCUCAAUAGGUUGUCAACUUACUAUUAUACGAUCAUAGGUGUCAUUCUGACACUUAAAACUCAUUUACCGGUACACCGGAAAUAAUAACACAAUUACCUCCCAAUUACCUCCCUUGUUUUCUAUUCUCCACCAUGGAGUAGCUAUCCGCAAACGUUUAAAUUUGAAGUUGAAAAUGAUAAUUUUGCCAUUUCUCAAAAAAAGGACAAUAGUGAAUUAUAGGAUUAAUAGGAUUAUUCUUUAACAAGGUAGGACUGUUUAUAGAUACCAUCUAUUUUAAGGCUUUAUUUUAAUAAAUUUUAAAAAUAUAACGUAUAAAUAUGAAAUUGUAGCUUUAAACUGUCUUGUGGUCUGUACUUUCAAUAUGAUAAAGGUUUUGUGCUAAAUGUUUUUGUUAAAUUGUUAGUUAUGUAUAUAUCUGUAAACGUGUAUCAUGAAUAUUGAAUAAAUUUAGUAAUAAAUUG